AUGACUUCUUCUGUUCACUUCAAGUUCAAAUCACAAAAAGAACCCUCGAGGGUGACGUUUGACGGCACGGGAAUCUCGGUAUUUGAACUGAAACGAGAAAUCAUCAAUCAGAACAGGUUAGGCGACGGCACCGAUUUCGAGUUGUCCAUCUAUAAUGAGGACACUGGAGAAGAAUACGAUGAUGACACUGCGAUUAUCCCUCGUUCAACGUCCGUUAUCGCGCGUAGACUUCCUGCAGCAAGACCGGGUAAAGGGGGCGCGGCUCGUUAUGUAUCCGGCAAAAUGCCUGUAACUGCACGUAGCUCUACACGGGCUGACGUAUCAUCUUCAAGUCGGAUUACAGCCGGUGCUCUUUCUAACAACAAAGCCAGUAUACCAGGACUUGAUAGUGCUCAAACUGAAGAUGAAAAAAUAGACGCUCUGUUCAACCUUCAAGCGAAUCAAUGGAAGGAACAACAACAAGAGAUGGCUAAUGCAAUCCCAGUUGCAGCUGGACGCGGCCGAGGAAAGCCCAUCAAUAUACCCGACCACCCGCCUCCGCCAGGUUAUCUUUGUUAUCGUUGCAGAGAAAAAGGACAUUGGAUUCAAGCUUGUCCAACAAAUAAUGACCCGAAAUUUGACGGCAGAUAUCGUGUAAAGAGAUCUACGGGCAUUCCUCGGUCUUUGCAAACAAAGGUAGAAAAGUCCGCAGCUAUGGCCCUUGAUGGAUCUACGGAGGACCUGAAGAAUUCCGGUGUCAUGGUGAAUGCUGAUGGCGAUUUUGUUAUUGCGCAACCUGAUAAGGCUGCUUGGGAAUUGUAUCAAGAAAAGGUGAAAGCUGCAGCUGCAGCAGCGGCUGAAGCAGCGUCUGCUGAAGGUAGCAAGGAUCUUCGAGCUAGAGGGCUUGAAUGCCCAAUUGAUAAGCGCAUGUUCUUGGAACCAACCAAGACGCCCUGUUGCCAUCAAACAUAUUGCAAUGACUGUAUCACGAAUGCUCUCAUUGAAAGUGAUUUCGUAUGCCCGGGAUGUUCUACAGAAGGCGUAUUGUUAGAUAAUCUUGUCACUGACGAUGACGCCGCCGCUAAAAUCAAAGCCUAUGAGGCCGAGAAGGCUGAAGAGAGGAAAGAUAAGGAAAAGCAAGAUCAAGUUGAGAAAUCAAACGAAACUCAGGAAAAAGACGUUGAAGCCCCGGUCGCAAAGACGUCCCAAAAUAUUACUGUUGUGUCUCCCUCGAAUAUCCAAAACAAAUCCGAGGAACCUCAGAGCAAGAAGAGAGCAGCAGAGGAAGAGCCUGCUGCUGAAAAUCCUAAUGGAGCCGAGCCAUCAGCCUCCAUGAAGAGGCCAAAGUCCAAUGACCAGCAAAACGACACGGAUUCGCCGAAAGUUCCAUCUCAAGAUAACGUUACAAACACAAUGCCCUUCCCUUUUAAUCAGCAAAUGCCUUUCCCAAACCCGGCUUUUCCUCAGUCUCAAAUGCCGUUUCCCGACAACAGCUUUCUUACUGGUGGAGUAGGCAUGAUGAAUCCUAUGAUGCCUAUGAAUAACAAUUUUCAACCUCAAAACAACAAUUGGAACCAGAUGAACGGCAGUGCUUUCGGCCUUCCGGUCAAUGGGAUGUUUGCAGAUGGGUCCAUGUUUCCAGGGAAUGACUAUGAGCAGUUCAAUUCCUUCAAUUCGAUGCCUGUUACCCAACCAAAUCCUUUCAUGCAGACACAUUCUAGUUUUCCUUAUGGUGGAAGUAUGAAUGGAUAUCAAAGCCAACAAAGGACCAAUUUCAAUGGUCCAUCCAAUAGAGAUGAGGAUAAUGCAUAUUUUCGCCAACCUAUUAAUCCCCAUAGGCAUCAAGCGAGACAACGCCGAAUACGACCAAGUGAUUACCGUGAACUGUGA